AUGAUGCGAAUAGCUAUAGCUGGGGGCUCUGGCCUUGGAUAUCUCUUGGCAAGUCAUAUUUCCAAAGCAGCAAACGCUUAUCAAGUUGUUGUUCUCUCCCGUUCAUCACGUCCCGAAUAUGCAACACUUGAUGUUCAAGUCAUGGUUGUUGACUACAAUGACGAGAAUAGCCUAGCAUACGCACUUCACGGAGUUAAUCUUGUCAUCUGCACCUUUUCAGGGGCUGAACAGAUCAACCUGAUCACUGCAGCUGCCCAAAGCGGUGUACAAUUCUUUGUUCCGUCCGAGUUCGAAGGAAGUCUCGAGAAGCGACCCGAAAACGAUCAACUCGACCCCUAUUCAUACUCAUCCCAAGCCAGACAGCACCUCAGACGCUGUGCAAGAUCAUCCCAUAUGAAGUGGACCGUAUUCUCUUGCGGCAUCUUCAUGGAGAGAUUUCUCCCCCAGGGGCUCGGAAGCUUGGCUAUUGGCUAUGGUUCAAACUUGUCCAACGUUGGAUCAUACAUCCUGGACAUGAAUACCUAUACUGCUGAGUGCGUUGAAAAGACUCCCCGGGGGCAUACUGUGCGCGUCUGCAUGACAUCUGUAUAUGAUGUUGCUCAAUUCAUCGUUGCUGCCAUUGAUUUGGGACCUGCGAACUGGCCUCGCGAGUUUACGAUGAGAGGAGACCGCCUGUCACUUCGUGACAUUGUUGGGCAAUGCUCAAGAACCCUGAACGGCAAGUUGACAACAUAA